AUGCUCUUACACGCGCCCAAGCACGACGUACCGUACACUCCAGACAGCAGUGAGGCACAUCCCUUCCCAUCAAUACCUCGUUUGGAACCGCUCAUUGAACACAAUCCCGGCAAGGAAAAAGUGGCGUCCCCCAGCGAUGAUCAGCUUGAGCUGCUUACGCAGCUCCGAGUCUGUUGGGAUGAGCUCGGAUGCGCUCGUGAAAGAGUCUUCCAGGAGGCAUGUGGAACUAUGCAGUCCGUUCAGAUUAUAAUACGCCAGUACGCCCACAAUGGCCAGUCUCCCGAUGUCCAUGUACUAUGGACUCUUGAAGGAAGGAUGCAGUCUCUCAUUACCGUCAUGUUCAGCUUACAGGCAGCAGAGGAAGGGGCCUAUCUUGCCAUCCUUCGAUCAUGA